ACAAAAUCGGCCCUACUCGUCCCACUCAAAAUCUUCUUCGAUCGCUCACGAGGAGUUCCUCUCUGGAAGCUCUGGUUUGGGCUGUUAGUUCUUGGAGUCACUGUUCUCAACCAAAUGGGCUAUCUUGCCACUGUCAUCCUUUUCUCCCUGCACGAGCCCCUGCAGUGGAAGCCAGGCACAAUCGGAACAUACCUUGCUGCCAGCGAGUUCAUUCGAGGCCUUUCCUCCAUCAUCCUCCUGCCGAUCCUCGUCUGCUGCUCACUCAGUGACCCACUGAUAGCACUCUUUGGGGUCUGUGUAGUGUGCCUCACAAACAUUGGGACUGGAUUUGUUACAGAGUCCUGGCAAAUGUUCAUAGCAGGUACUGUCCAAGGUGUGGAUGCCAUAAUAACUCCAGCCCUGCAGGCCAGCAUGUCAAAAUUAGUCCCACCCAGGGAGCAAGGUGCCUUGUUCUCUGUGGUAUCGGCAGUACAAGUCUUGUCUGGGACACUGGCCUUCGUAGUGUACAAUCUGGUCUACAAACUGUGUCUAGAAGAGAAAGAUUGUCCCAUCGGCUCUCCAUUCUGGCUAAUGGCCAUCCUCUACUUCCUCACCACUCCUUUCCUCAUAACUCUUGCCAGAUUUUCCAAGAGAUCGAGACGACAGGCUUUUGUCAAUUCAGAGCGUUUCCCCCCAAACCCCGGAUCUCCUACUCCACACCCCACCUCCCCUCCUAUCCCCACCAUUCACCACCCUCACCAUCAUAACCAAACACUCGCUCCACACCUCCACGGCAAUGGUUACAGCACUGAUGACUCUGAUGGUAUGGGAGGCAGUAUUCAGUGGGCGUUGAGCAGGAGCCAGUCUCGGCGUUACCAGCCACCGCGAGUCCUCAGCCCAGCCUCCGUUGGUAAAGAUAUACUGGAGAGACACAGUCUCAUUGGACGAGGUCGAGCCUCUAGCUACGGGUCUCACCCACACUCCAUAAAUAGUUGAUAAUUAUAAUAUUAUCAUCACAAGUAUAUGUUUUUAAUAUGUGUUUUUUCAUCUGUGAAGUGCUAGAGUGUUUUCAUUACAAAGUGUGAUAUAAAGUGAUUAUUUUAUUUUUACAGUGAUUUAAACCUACCUAGUUGACACUAUAUUGACCUUUCUUAUGUGACUGCUGAAGAUGGUCUUUGUUGUACAGGAGUGGCUCAAAUUCUUCAGUUUCCUCUCCCUCGUCGUCAGUCCCAGGAGAUGGAGAGGGCGGAAGUGACUCCAACUUCCGUUUCGAUAUUCCUUUGCAGCAUAGCCAGGUGUGUGAGCGAUACGUCGCAGCCCAAAUAAGGC